UAUGUUGCUUUGUGUAUGAUGAGCCUAAGUGUGGUAGCAAGAGGUUAAUUAAUUAUAAGUUUUUUAUUUAUCGGGAAACAAAACUGCGAGUCACUACUAGUAUACCAUGAAUAAUAUUAACCGAAUAACUGUACUUGGGAAUCAUUAAGUUUUUUAUUACAUUCUUUACUGUUGAACAAACAACACGUUUUACAAAACAAUAAAUACUUUGUGAAUAAUUUGUGAGUGAAAAUUAUAAAUAUGUCGGAAUUAAUGUUAGCUUUGGAGAAAGAAGCGGUCAAUCGUCAACACGAUGUGGCAAAUAUAAUCGCGAGCGGAGCUUCCAGCGUGGAGAAGUUUUACUCCGGUACCAAUGUGUUCGUUACCGGUGGCUCCGGCUUCCUCGGGAAACAACUGCUCGAGAAAUUAUUUAGAUGCUGUAACGUGAAUAAAGUUUAUUUAUUACUGCGAGCAAAAAAGGGAAAAACUGCACAGCAGCGAGUUAAGGAGAUUCUACAAGACCCGGUAUUUGAUAGUUUGCACAAUCGAAAGUCAAAGUUUGCGGACAAUGUAUUAGCAGUUUCUGGUGACGUCAGCGAAGUGAAGCUUGGACUAAGCGCGUCUGAUUGGGAUCUUAUUACAGGACAGGUGAACAUAAUAUUCCAUACAGCAGCUACGGUGAACUUUAAUGAGAGUAUGAAAGUGGUUGCACUGACCAAUGUUAGAGGAACCAGGGAGAUAUUGCGGUUAGCUAAAUGUUGUAAAGAAUUAAGGUCUAUAGUUCACGUAUCCACAGCGUACAGUCACGCUACACACAGUCGAGUGGGGCGAGCAGUUAAGGAACAGUUUUACGAUAGUCCUGUACCACCAAAUGCCUUCAUAGAUAUGGCAGAAACUAUUGAUGAAAGUAAAUUAGAAAAUAUGAUGCAACAAGUAAAAGCGGAUUGGCCAAACGCUUAUUCCUUUUCAAAAGCACUCGGCGAAGAGAUCGUGCGUUCUGAAGCAGAAAAUUUACCUAUCUCUAUUGUUAGACCGGCAAUCGUUAUUUCUUCAUAUCGUGAGCCAUUGCCAGGAUGGAUUGAUCCGAUGAAUUCAUUGGGUCCCAGUGGACUUAUUUUGGGUUUGAUGACUGGUAUUAUUCACGGUACAGACUCAUCAGAUGAAACUGAUGGCAGCAGCAAGGCAUGUGAGCAGCCACUAACGCACAACAGAGUGUACCCCUGUUAG